AUGUGCGCUCCAAGCGGCUCUGGUUCCGACGCAUGCGCCUCUGCAGCACUGGCUAAGAUUCAGACUCCUGAGCCGAAACCCGUGCGCAAGGAUCGUCGCGUUAGCGCUGCCUGGAACGAGGCUUUCCUCAACAAGAACGCAGAGUCGCUCCUAGACCUGGACGAUGAAGAGGACCAGCUCGCGCCAGAUCUCCCUCCAGUCGACCUGUCUUUCCUUCCCAUGUAUACCGCUCCCCCUUCCGGAGACACCGCUGCUAACGAAUCCGGCAAUACUCCGGAGGAUGAUCGGGACGCGUUGUGCAGCGAAUCAGGUGGUGCUGCAGAGCUCCAGCGGAUGACGAGCGAGCAGAAAGUAGCCGCGAUAAUAGAAAAGAGCAGCACGAGCGACUGCGCGGAGGUCUCGAAGAGUGCGACGAGUGGAGGGUUGAACCAGGGCCCUUCAAGCACACGACUCAAGCUGCCCGGCGCAGCACCUCGGUUGCAUUCGUCGAAUGCGAAGACGGCGAAGGGAGCAGGAGCCUCCCCCGCUCCAGGAGCGAAGACUCCCGCCCAUUCCAGCAGGACUCCCAGGUCAGCGGCAACGACAGCGACGGGUACAAGCCGCCAGCAGAGCGUGGGCGCGAGCGCUUCCAGGCUCGCAAAGCAAGGUAGCGGUGGCGGCGGUGUCGGUUCAUGCAGCCUGUCGAAGCAUGGCGGUAGCACCACCUCACACACGGGAACGGCAGAGAGGAGCAAGAGGGCGGCGGCGGAGUCUGGUACCUCCUCUCACUCCCGUCAGGCGGCAUCGUCAGGGCUUUCGAGUAAAGGAGGCGCGGGGGUUGGCUCGUGUGGGGCGAGAGUGGAUCUGCACAGCCGCUUUGAGUCGUCCACAGACGUUGACGACUCCAACGACUCGUUGAGGGACGCUGGGCAAUCGCGUCGUCCUGAAGAAGAAGAAUUGGUCGAUGAGGCCCAAUCGCAUGCGAGUUCUGUGAGUGGGGAGGAAGAGAGUGCGAUCACGGCAACUGAAGGCCAGCGCGAUGUGCAGGGUACAGCGACGGCAGUAGUGCGAUUUGAGGAGGAAGACUCGGUGGUUUCCGCUGCCUCUGGCGCUGAGAAGCCCGCAGGGAAUGCACAUUCGCACGCGUCCGAGUCGGAGAUUGUGGCCAAGUCUGAGGAUGCGCCUGUAGGCGCGUUGCGCGGCAUGGUGUGGCGCGGAUCCAAGGCCAUGCGCGCGUGCGCGCCGUCCCCGAUGAAGCCUGCCGCCGCGCGGGAGCCGUUGCCGCCGCAGGCGAGCGCAGCUGCUGCUCAUCGAGGCUCGAGUGGGAGUGUGAGCAGCGCGCGCAGCUCGAACGACUCGAAGCAGCAGCAGCUGCGGGAGUGGCAGCAGCAGCGUCAGCAGGCUGUGGCGGCGAAAUCCCGGCCGUCAGGCAGCGCGACCGCUGGAGGACCCCCAAGGCCUGCUGUUCGGGCUGGUGCGAACAUCGGGGGGAAGUCUGGUGUGGGUCCAGGAGCGGUGGCGGCGAGAGCAGGGGUGCCGAAGUCGACGAGCCACUGCACGAGUACGAGUCUCGUUCCCGCUGGCCGCUCGCUGGCGCACGGUGCUGCGUCGUCUGGCGUGGGGGGGUCGGGGUUGGACGUGCUGCGAACGUCGUCGACUCGCUCCACUGGGACCUCUGCCGAUGCCGGGAAACGCGUGGGGUUCGUGGGUGUGGGGAGUGGUUACAAUGGUGGAGGGAAUUACGGCACGGGACACGGCACGAAUCGCGUGGCAGCUGCUGCUGGGUUUGCCUUCUCCGCCGCUGCGAACUCUGCGACGGCGAAGGUGGCGAGUGCUGUUGCUCGCACUGUGUUUUCUGCGAAACCGCGGACGUUGGGUAAGGACGUGAAGGCUGUGAGCACGGAGGGAUCUGCAGGUGCCUCACAGGGUAGUACCAGCGGAGCGGGAGGUGCUCCCAGUGCGGACGGUGCUUCCAGUACGGGUGGCCUGUUUGGGCUCAAGUUCACUGCGGGAAAAGCGGAUGAUCGUGCGGCUGUCAAGAAAGGCGCGCCUGCUGCUACCUCCAGGCGGGUCAGCGGAGUGGGAGCGAGAAAGGCACGGUUCGGGUUCGGCCUCGGCGGGAAGGCAGCACCGACUGCCAAGGAGAAAGAGGAGGAAGUGAAGGAGAAGGCCCGUUGCGGUGGUACUAGUCAAGCAGUGGGGCAAGGGGGAGCGAAACGGGUGGCGGCAGACAGCAAAGUGGCGAGCGGGAAGCAGCUGGUGGUGAGCAAGGGCGGUGCUCUCGCCAAGGAGAAAGCGCCGGGUGCAGCGACGUCCCCUCUCGCGGCGGCGCUGAAAGUGGCCGCUAACCACUCGAAGCUGCUGGGUCUUGCCUCCAGGAUUCCUGUUCCGAAAGCGACUGGGAGGUUCGGGUUUGGCGGGAGCUCGUCCGGCGCGAAGGCUGGCGCGGGGAAGGAGAGUGAGAAGGCAGCGGGGAGGGGGGUGCACGGUUCGGGUUUGGGUGGUAAGGUCGAGGCGACGCACGGGCGGGCUGGUCAGCAGAAGACGCAGCAGACUCACGCAGGGCCUUCUCAGACCAAAGUCGAGGCUGUCACCCCUCGGGCGAGUCGAGAGAGCAAUGGAUCACACAAGAGCGGCUCAUCGCAGCACAGCAACACACCGCCCACGAGCAGCACGCCCCGCGCGAGCAGCAGCGCGCAGAAGAAGCCGUCCCCGCGGGUGGAGAAGAAGGCGGGCAGCGGCACCCACUGGGUGCCAGGGGGCGUGGCGCAGCCGUCCGCGCUCGCCGCGGCGGACGCUGCGUUCUCCGCCAUGUCCACCCCGCGGAGCAGUGAUGCGGGGCAGCAGCUCAGCCGGGAAAGGGCUGGAGAGAAACGUACCGGCAACGACGGGCAAGAGGAGCAGCAGCAGCAGCAGGUUGAGGAGCGGAGGCAGGCUGUGCACCCUGGGGGGGUGCUGACGGUUGCGUUGGGAAAUCUGGAGGAGCAGGGUGAGUGUGCCGUUGGGGAGAAUGCUGGAGGGGAGAUUGGUACGGUGCAGGGAGGUGGUGAGGGUGGGGAGAACGCGGCAGAUGAGGGGCACAAGACGCCCGGCGGCAAGAGCGGGAGCGAGAGCGAGAAAGGGAGGAAGGGGCUGUCGCUGAAGGCGAUUGGGGCGUUCGUUGCUAGCGGGAGCCCGUGGAAGAAAUCAGUCAGGAAGGUGGCGGCAGAGAGGGAGAGAGAGGAAACGGAGGAAGCUGGGAACGAGAAGAAGGAGAGGGGAGGGUCUGUGGUGUGCACUCCGCAAAAGUCGCCAGGGAAGGCUGGGCGGGUGGAGGAGGGCGAGAGGGGGGCGGGUUUUGAGACGGUUCAGAAGGAGGGCGAGAAGGGGGCGUGGGCGAGCACGGAGAAGGUGGGCGAGUGGGUGGGCGAGGUGCUUGAAACCGCUGGGACGCCAGACGGCUUGGCAGUGGCAGCGUCAGGAGGCGUGUCUGGCAGCAAGGGAGGGGGUGACAGCAGGCAGCGCCGCUCCUCCCCUCUGCCUCGGUUCCUUGGAUCCCCCAUCGCCAGCCUGUUCAAGAGCCCCAAGCGAUCCAACAAGAAGACACAGGAGGUCCACGUGGCAGCAAGUGGGACGCCAGCAACUGCCACAAUAGGCCGGUCGUCGUCAGCCAUGGCGGAGCAGCAACAGCAGGAGAGGAAGGAGGAUCAGCAGCAGGAGCAGCAGGAGUGUUACCACGAGGCAGUGCCUACUCCAGCGGCUGAAAGCCCCACCCUCCCCAGGAGGAGCCUGUUCAAAGCAGAGCAGCUCAAGACAGACCUCUUCAAAGGGGCCUUUCCCAAGCCAGAUUUUCCCCAGGCACCUCUCUCGAGCACGAGCGAGCAGCCUUCUGAGGCGCUUCAGAAUCAGAAUCAAAAGCCAGUCACGAGCACGAGCCUGCAGUCUGCAGCAUCGUCCUCUGAAGCGGGCAUGUAUACUGCUCCUGCCUCGCCUGAGGCCGAGGAGGAGGGCAAGGAGGGGCAGGAGGGCGAGAGCAGGAGCAUACUUUCUCAGAAGGGUGGUAGUGCGAGCAGAGGCAGGUCUCUUGGUGCGUCUAGCAGGGGCAUGUUCACUGCUCCUGCUUCUCCUGAAGCGGAGGUGGAGGGGGGAGGGGAGAUGGGGGAGAAGGAAGAAGGGGAGAUCACUCCUCCUGGGAGUGCGGAGAAGCAGGGGGGAGGGGUGGAACGGGCAAAGGCAGCGGUGGGGGCGGAAGGGGAGGAUCUAGAUCCGUUUAUGAAGAAGGUUCUGGAGGCAGAGGCGCUAGGCGUGGUUGAUCUUGAGAAGAAAGGAGGGAGGGUACUUAACUCGCCACUGAUGACCAAGCAGCCAUUACCGCCCAGAAAUCCCUGGUCACCCGUACGCAAGGCAGAGGUGGGUCCGUAUGACUGCACCAAGAAGUCUCUAGCCGCCUCGCUGGACAGCUUCUCCCUCCCUGCCAGCAGCUCUGGCGCCUCCAACUUCGCAGUUACUGGCAGGAUUGGCAGUGGCAGCAGUGCUGCUGGGUUUUCUGGUAUGGGGAAUGCCGGGAUGCGCAUGUCCUAUGGGCACUAA